GAGGGAACUGUCUGGGUUCAUUGCGUGGUUCCUCGGAUGACUCUGGUGAGGGUGUGAGUUUAAGGGAGAGAGUGUGAGGGACGUGGUGGGGUUCAGAUUCACACUGAGGACUGCGGCCGCCUUGAGUGUGUGAUCGCCCGGACCGAAGCGCCGCGAAACACGGCAGGGGGACGGGGGAAGGAGACCAGAAAGCCGACGUCUGGGAAUGAAAGAGGGAUCAAGGCAGAGGUAAAGGAGGAAAAGGCACCAGAAUCGCAACGGCAGAAGCAAAACAGGGGACACGGGCUGAAAUAGUUACUUUGGACUAAGGGCCAGAAGUAUCCCGACUCAAAACAUUCAGAUAAAAAAGGCUCCGGAAGUCGUGCUGGAAUGGCGGAUGCAGAUUUGGACUUCCAGACCGGGGACGCCGGUGCGUCCGCCACCUUUCCCAUGCAGUGCUCCGCCCUGCGCAAGAACGGCUUCGUGGUGCUGAAAGGGCGGCCUUGCAAGAUCGUGGAGAUGUCCACCUCCAAAACCGGCAAGCAUGGCCAUGCCAAGGUCCACAUGGUGGGCAUAGAUAUUUUCUCUGGGAAGAAGUAUGAAGAUAUCUGUCCCUCCACUCAUAACAUGGAUGUGCCCAAUAUCAAGAGGAUGGACUAUCAGCUGAUUGGCAUACAAGAUGGCUACCUGUCUCUGCUUCAAGACAGUGGUGAGGUGCGGGAGGACCUUAAGAUGCCAGAGGGAGACCUGGGCAAGGAGAUAGAGAGCAGGUUUGACGCUGGAGAAGAGAUCCUGAUCACUGUUUUGUCUGCUAUGAACGAGGAGUCAGCGGUUGCGAUCAAAGCCAUGGCCAAAUAAAUCGAUGCAGGCUUGACCAGCUGUACUGAGUCUGUCAAAGAAGAGAAAAUGACCUCAGCAUCGCCGUACCCCCCCCCCCCCCCUUCAUUCUGGCUCUGUUAAUUUAUUUAUUUUUAUUUAUCCAUACCACACUCCCACCCCCCGAAAUCCAAGCCUUUUGGGUGAAAUUAAGAAAAAAUGUAAUAAUUGGAACAAAAAAAAUCUUCCCAUAUAGGGGGAAAUGAAACAUCGGAGAGGUUUGUAUUCUCAUACAUACUAAGUGCCCGCUGGGGCUUGGCGGUGCAGGAAUUUGGUGGGGGGGGGCGGUUUUGUACCUCUACAAAAGCAAAAUCACGGAAAUUUAAGGGCUUCUGCAUGUAACACAGUUCUGCCUCUGUUCUGGUUCUCCGACGCGUUCCGAGUUUCUCUUGUAAGUAGGAUUCGUCUUCCUACUGGCUGUCAAACUAUUUGUCAGGCUAGAUCUCUCUUAGUUCACAGGAAACAUUUGAUGGUUUAUUCAGUGCCAGUUUCACAAGCGGAAUUAAAUAGACAAGACUUGUAAUAUGAUUUUCAUCUGCGGCCAUAGUUUUAGUAAAGUCCUUUGUGCGUGUCCAUGCAGAUUACGUAAGGCUGUACAUCAACCUCAGUGUGACAUCACAGCGCCGCCGAAAGCAACCAAUAGGAACGUAUUUCUUGUCUCUAAGUUUAUUCCCCACCUGCUGUGAGAUUUCAUCCUGGCUAUGCCGAACGUCAUUUUUUUACACUCACUUUUACUCUGAUUCUAACAAAGACCUCAGACCCCAAUCAGACUGAUCCUGUUAGAAGUCUGGUUGCUUAUGUAACCCUAACCUCCUCUGCCUGUGUUGCUCCUCUCUGGAAAACCCUGUUAAAGACUCUUUGAUCCACUAAUGAGGAAAAACACAGGGUUCUUUAAACAUCAUUGCAUUUGAUUUGCUGAAUACCCUUACAAACGCAAUUUGUUAAAGCUUUUAUUAUAAUUUUUUUUUUUUUUGUAACUCUGAAACUUUGGCUGUCCAGCCGAAAGGCUCCUUAGAAUCUCUCCUUUGUUAAUCCCCAAACAAAAAAACGCUGCUCUAAAAGAAUGUCAUUAUUUGGGAUUAAUUGUCGAGGUUAGAGUUUUAGUCUUGCUGUGGUGUUGAUGCCAUCUCCUUUCUUUGUUUUCCAUGGGCUUCGCAAGUGACUCUGUGGAAGUUUGAGCUUUUAAAGUCCUCAGGAGGAUAGAAUUCAUGGCCAUGGUAGCACUCGUUAUGGCAGAAGGGAGGAAAGGAUGAGAGAGGAAGCUCACUCAAGCGUGAGCCGCUUAGCUGCGAUGUGCUGCUUGGCGCUCGCUUGUGCCUGUUCGUCUUAAUCACAUUGUGAUGGUUCUGCCCCGGUCACGCCCCUCAGCAUCCACAUAGCGCAGGCUACCUGCUACAUGCUAAAGCCCUGAGCUUCACCUAAUCCCACGUAGCUUCGGCGGUUUCCAUGGCAGACUGCGAACAAAGCAGUCACAUCCCCUUGAAAAUGAUACAAUCUGCCAUCUCCUUAUCCGUGUGGGUCUGCCAGUUUACUGGCUACUGCCCAGUGAUUGUGGGAAUACAUUUUUGGCAUUUGACUGGGUUAAGGAAAGUCACUCUGGAGCACUGACAACACACAUGUAAGCAGUCACUCUAAUCCAAAACGAUUAAAUUCCACAAAUGUUAAGUCGCUAUUUAUUUUAUACACACAGACACACACACACACAAAUAAAGAUUUAAGAACCACUCCUGCCUGUAUAUUUAGCUUGAUGGAAAGAAUAAAAAGUAAAUGAAGGGAAUUGAGAUUUCUAAUGUACGUAAAGUCAGCGUGAACAUCGAAGUGGGUGAUGUUGGGCUUUUCAUUUGACUCCGAUUUUGGUACAAGCAGCUCUCAUAUUGUGAUGUCCAUGAACUGGAUAAAUCACUCUGGAAUCGCUUGAUCCAAAGUUGAGAUGAAGGCCUUUCAAACGGUGUAUUUGCCAGCACCGUUUCCGAAGUGAGCCAAAUCUUCGGAUUUUACGGGGAAGCAUCAGAGUGCUGUCAUUUUCGGGAAGAGAGGAAGAGCUGCAGUCAGGUUCCUUAAGCUGAAACGGUUCAGAAAUGAGUGUUGGGUUUUCAUCAUUCUUACCAUCUGAAGACGUCUGGCAUCACGAAAGGAAACAAAAAAUACGAUCUAAUAGUAAAUAAAUUAUCCAGAAACCUGUAAGUAUGUAACUUUUCACAAAUGUUUUACCCUGUUAAUCGGUUUGUAUGUUUUUUCUAAUGAUUGCUGUAUGUAGAGUUAUGACUAUUAUCGUAUUAUUUACAAACGAAGAUAAAUAAGACCCCGGUAGAGACGCACAAGGAUCGAAGCCACAUGUUAAGAAUGAGAAACUUUCUCAUUGUAAGAAAAGAGGUGUUUGUGCUCCAGUUCUCCAGCUGUAAUGACUCUGUAUAGAUGCACCUGUGCACCAGAACGCUAUUAAAACUCUUAUUCCCUGUGAAACAAGUGAGAA